AGACAACAAAUAAGAGAAGCGUGCCGAAGCAACGAAGACUUUGAUAAAAAUUUUAAUUUUGUGAAUUUUCUUAUCAACAAUGAAUUCUAAAUAUUUACUUCGUGUUAAUCAACUAGAUGCUGUACAACUUGAUGACGGGAUUAGGAAAAUCUUUGCGGAUAGUUUGUCUAAAAUUUUGGAUAUUUCCCCGAAAAUCUUCACUAAAUUCCAUCCGGAAUUGGAUCUCCUGCUCCGCACACUCCUAUGGCGAUUUUCGGUUUACAAAGAAAAAGCUUCUUUUGGCCAACAAAUGCUCUUCCUGCGCUACAAUGACGAGCAACUGAGGAGCUGGAAGCUCAUUCUCCAUUUCCUCUUUGCCGUUGCACCCAAAUACCUGAGAGAUAGGAUUGUGUACAAGUACACAAAUAGCGAAAUGCUCCAAAAAUCCUUGUCCGUCACACAAACAACCCUCAAUGUUCUCUACCUCCUGAAUAUGAUGCACUUCCUGAAGACUGGCCGAAGUCCCACCCUUGUGGACUUUUUACUGGGAUUGGAAUAUGCGGAUGCAGCUGGGAAACAUCAACGGACUAUUGGAUACUUCCACAUGACCCGUGAACUUCUCUGGGCGGGAUUUAUCGAAUUCAUUGGCAAUAUUUUACCUUUUAUCAACUACCACAAGCUAAAGAGACGCCUUCAGGGAGUUUUUGGCGAAAAAACAACGAUAAAUCGUGAGAAAAUGAAGCUUUCAGACAAAACUCUCUGUGUCUUCUGCAAUGAACGUCCAACACUUCCGCAGGAAAUCACUUCAUGUUGUCACAUUUACUGCUACUACUGCCUACGGGGAAAUCUCGAUGCUGAUCCGGACUUUAAAUGUACCCUGUGUGGUUCAAAUGGGAUGCAAUUUGACAAAGUCAGCGGAUUCGUGCGCUAAUUCCGGGAUUUAGGGUUGUAAUUUUUGUGAUAAAUUGUUGAAAUAUUAAAGAUUUUUAUCAGAGAA